CGCAGAUCACUUUGUUCCUGAGCUUUCCACUGAACUGUCCUGCCUUAGCCCUCCAUAACUGUGUGAAACCUACCUACCCCUGCCUCAAAAUGAUACCACACGUUGUGGACCCCUGCUUCAGUUUCAUAGGCAAAUAGAGUUCAAAGUGUCGUAUUUUGUUGAAGUGAUGUAGUGAGUGCGCGGUGGCUGCUUUCCGGCUAAUUUCCUUCUUGUCAUCUUGAUUGCCGGCAGCCAUGUUGGAAGACGAGAGGUACCUGGACGAGGUGGUCCCCAUCCCCGUGCAGAUAUUCCUCUGGCGACAAACCGCGCCCUUCGUUCGCCCUAGACUUGGGAAAGUCCACGAUGCCGCCUGUAUGUUCUGUCAAAGAGCACCAGGCCAUCACGAGUUAAAGGAAGCGUGCAAGUCUUUCGAGAAAGUCCUGGUUCAGAACUUGCGCUUCGGUCUAUCUAUCAGUUUAACUGAGGCUAUAGAGUCCAUCCCGCGAUGGAGGCUGAUCCAGGCCUCCCUGCCGCACGUCAUGCACUCACUAGCGGCUCUGCUACACAACAGAGUAAAAGACAACAUGCAGUCCCUGGGGAAUGUGGAGACAAAGCUUCUCUACACACUGCACUGGAUCAUACUUGACGCCUCCGAUGAAUGCUCCGACGCUGACUAUGAGAAGGGAAUAUUCUACACCAACCCUUUCCACUAUCUCUUCUCUGUGCCCACUAUGGCGUUAUUUGUAUACCUGUUUGCACCAAUCUCGCAACAUUUAAAAGAGUCAGACUUCUCCAACUACCGUCUGGAGAAUGGUCUGAAGAUGUGGCAAGCGAUGUGGGAGUUCCGGCACCCGGACGCUCCCUGCUUCAGCACUCAUGUGAAGCCGAAGCCCAAGCCCCUAGGUGGCAGGUUCAGCAAAAAAAAUGUGCAUGGAGACAUCUUCCUUGGACGCAAGUUUUCCAAAGAGGAUGGCACAGCACACGACAGCCCUCCAAGCCAGACUGUCUCCCAGUGUGACGCUCCGUCCAAACAAGCCAGUACUGAAGAGGAGCCGUGGGUGUCCUCUCCUAAAGACACCAUCUUCCCGGAGACUAUCCCGGAGGAGAGCUCCAGCACUGAAGAAGAACAUGUGUUCAUCUAUCGACUACCGACGGACCAGAACUACGGUGGUGUGGUCAAAGAGCCAUACACGGUGUACUCCGCCGAUCCCAGUCUGUUCCAGAUCAGAAGGUCCGACUCUGGCAGGCCCUCACUCACUGGCAUCAAACCCCUACCACAGAUUACUAAAAUGAGUUCAUCAGACAAAGAGUCUUUGUCAGACAGUGGCGGGGCUACUCAAGGACAGAAAGGAUCUCCUACUAUGGAAAAACCAUCUUCACCUAAACAAAAUCAUGUUUCGGCUGCGACAUUCCUGGAUGUGGCUACUCUGAGGUGUCUGUUCACGUCGCAGUGGCAAGAGGAAGGCGUUUAUUGGGCUCUGCACUAUUUGUACAACAGAUUGCGAGACAUCUGUGACGACAUCUCAAAGCAGACCCUGCCGCGGAAGCGAAGCAACUCGCUACCUAUUCCAAAAAUCGAAGUGUCCAUCUACCAAAGUCCAGAGAUGAAGAAACGAGACUCGCUGAAAAACUUCAUGGAGGUUCCAGAUCUCACCAAUAUAUCCCCAGUGGCCGACGCCCCAUUCGCAGCCGCCGUCAAAAUAGACGAAGACCCCCUUAUUGUGAGACGGUCGAGUGAGAAAGUGAAACGGAAGAUGAAAAUGGCCGACCUAAAAGCGUUUGUUGAAACCAAAUUGCUGUCGAAAUCGGAGAAGGCACUUGAAAAGAUUGAACAUGACGAUCACAAGUUUAAUUUUCAUGCUGCUGUCUGUCAGAUAAAGGAAUACCACAGAAGCCUUGAUACAGGAGAAGAGAGGCCCAACUCGGCAUUAGCUACAAAUUUCUCGCCUAUAACCCCUAGACAAACGGGCGAUCUACUUCAGUGCAAUUUGAUCAAAGGCAAAAGUAUGCCAAGUCUUAGCUGCCUUAUCGAUGAGUUGGCGGCCAACGGAUACAUUGGCGAGGUAAAGACAGAGCGGACCCAAGUGCACGCGGGGCAGAUGCCUUCCACUACUCAGAAGAAGAAGAAUCCAAUCAUCACGGUCACAGAACAUACCCCUACACCGUCGCCCGAUUACUUGUCUAAAACUAGACAGGGUUCCCUCGAAUCCCAGCUCGACUCAGUGAGCAUGCAGGGUUCCGCUCACAUGCGCACUCCGGAACGGAAGCCCAGUCUGACGCGUUCGCAGACUGACUCCAACAUCACGUACGUGCUGGAGGAGACGCAGGAGGCGCCCGGCUCCGCGCACUACAUCACCAGGGAGGGGGACAUCCACUUUCAAGUGGUUUUAAAGGCAGUCUACUCCGUAUCCACAAUGGACAGCUACUACCUGACCCUCCGCGUCAUGGAGGUGAUGCUGAACCUGGUCGACACUCUGAUGGAGAUAGGAGUGCACAAGAACUGGGACCCCACGCAAGAGGUGCCGGUCAGUAGUGACCCGACGACGGACUUUAAUAAGGAGAGGGAGACUAAGGGCAGAGACUCGGGCCUACCAUGCGCGGCGAGUCAAGAGUCCACGAACGCUGAAGGUGGCGACAGCACUAAAGAGAAAACCAAGGAGGAAGAGGAAAUUGACUGCCCGUAUCAUAUGAUUAUGCAUGUGCUUUUGAGACUCCUCCGCCAACUAGGCUGCUCCCACGGCUGUUCCUCAGCCCUACGCGGGCCCCAAGCCGAGUGCCUCCGAGUCCAAGCGAGAAACUCGUUACGAGAACUACGCACAGCCUCCAUACCCAAGUUCACGCUGCGACUGAAGGAAAUGACCAAGACCGCGAAUAUUAGGGAGGUGCUGGAUAAUCUGCACGCGACGGUUGGGUACUGCGCUGAGCCUGCUUCUAUGGUGUCGCCUAUGACGCAACAAAAACUAAAACCGGGGAAAUCUCCAGAAAUGGCGCACCUGCAAGCGGGCUACGCCACUAACUUCGGCGCGGGGCUGCAAGGAAAUAGAGCCAUAGAGACGUACGUCGUAGAGGCGACUUUCCGAGUGCUGGUUACGCGGUUCGCUAUGAUGCACAAGGAGCUGAAGAUGCUGGAUAAUUCUACCCUCUACACAGAAGUCCGGCAACUCCUCCACUACGUGCGCGAGUCCCACGGGGGGGUGUUCCGCCUGACAGCGCUCAGCGGGCUCCUGGACACGGCGGAGCGCCGCGAGCAGCGGGACCGAGACAUGCAGACCACCAGGGUCAUUCGCCACAUCCCCCGCACUCAAGACGACGAGCGUGGCUCAGACACGGGUGCGGACUCGGGCUGCGCGGCCGACGAGAAGGUGCACAAGAAGUUCACCUUCAAGAAGAGGAGUACGAGUUCUACUGGGGCGCAUAGCCUCCUAGAAGCGGAGUGCGUGUCCGAGUGCGGCAGCCAGUCCCCCCUGUGCGGGGGCCCGCGCCGCCCCCCCCUCACCCCGCGCCACUCGGAGCGAGCCAUGCCGCCGCCGCACGCGCGCCAACACACGCACAUCAGCCACAUCGUAAACUGGUUCCGCCAGAAGCCGCGCUCCCACUCUCUACUCCGCAACGGCGGCGGGUCCGGCGAGAGCCUGCCCAUCUCCGGCAGCAUGGCGUCCCUAGCGCGCCCCGCCACGUCGCACCCCGCGCAGCCCAUGCCGCACGCCAGUAGACCGGUCAAACGGAGGGUUGGGCAUACGUUGAACAGGGCAAGAAAACGGGUUGAAGACAGACUGAACCGGUUCGGGUUCCGCAAGAUGGGGAAGAAACGAGACGGCAGCAUCGAAGAGACUUCCUGUGGGUUCAUGUCCCGCCGCGGCUCAGCCGAGGGCGGGUCGGGCGGCGGCGAGUCCGAGGUCGUCGUCCUGAAGCGGCGACGCCUCGUGAGCAGCGCGCCGCUGUACGCCGGGCUCAGCCGCCUGGCGCUGCUGCUGGACGCCACGCAGCCCGGCGCGCUGCCCGACGCGCUGCUGCUGCCCGCGCUGCUCACGCUGCCCAACACAGUGGUGGUGGGCCGCGCGGCCUAUCUCCUCGAGUGCGCUCACCUGGUGCACAACUGCAAUAAGGGACAAUGGCCUUAUUGGCUCAAGUCCAACAUCUCUAAGAAAGAAGCUGUGCCCAGUCCUCAAAUCAAAAGGCAACGAUUAGCUGGCAAGCUCUUCUACCAAUGGGCAGAGGCGCUGGGUAACAAACUUGAAGAGAUGCUGAUCGAGGACCAGAAGCAUCUGGAGAAUGUGGUCAAUCUGGUCAACGACCCCGACGGCCAGCGCGAGCUGCUGCAGCAGGAUGAGGAAGAGGACUUUUUGGACGAAGCAAGCAUUCGUAUAUCGGGCAAGCCAAUAGGCGCAGAAUGCCCGCGCGCGCUCCGCUUAGUCGCUUGCGUCCUACUGUUCGAGAUCACCGCCUUCCUACGAGAAUCCUACCAGAGCAUCCCGAAGACAUGCCGCGCCUCCCUGAAGGAAAGAGGGCCUUGGGACCGAGUCUAUAGAUGGAUGGAAAAACGACGACGUUUGUUGUGUACGAAUAAGGCUCUUAGCAGUCAACACACAUUAAUACCAGUCGAGGAAGCGAACCGUCGAUGGAGUAUGGCCCUUUCUAGCAUGGGCCACUCCCAGGCUUCUGCCCAGAGCCUGCAGUCGAUCGCUGGCCCUGAGACAGAGAGAAAGAUAUCUUUUGUCCUUCACGAACCAGAGAAUGUCUCAGGAGGGAGUAAUGUGACCCUAGCAGACGCAAUCCCCCCAGCCCCUAAUUCUGAUGAAAAGAAGGGUCGUUUGGGGUCCCGUGGCAAAGCGUGCAUGCAUCGACGUAACACUCAACAAGGACAUACGGCUUAUGGCUCGUUUAAACGAAGAUCCAUCAAACUGAGGCAGAAGGAUAAUAAUGUUGAUGAGUUUGUGAACCGUAGAUCAGAUUCGAUUCAGAGCCGAAGGAAGGUAUCUUCAGUGUCCGAUAGAAGUGACACUUCUGAACAGGCUAUUUAUCCAGGUGGUACAGUGAUAAUGUCCAACGAAGUGGACAGUGGAGGCGAGGAGAGUCCAGGAGUGUUGUCGGACGAUCACGAGCAUCCGCCAGAGAGCCCUGAUAGCAACCUGGCCGAUGCCCCUGAUAAUACCAAAGUCUUCCCGUGGCUUAAGGUGAUGGUGAAGUUCCUGAACUCGUUCAACUACGUGUGCUGCCACCAGAACUUCUGUCACCCGUACUGCUUCCGACGCAACAUGCGCGCCAGCGCACGACUCAUGAAGUCUGUGCAAAAGAUAUACGGCGUCCAAUUCGGCCCGGAGCUCGACACGCCGCCGGCGGAAACAACCCGGGGGUCAGCCCGCAGCCGCCGCCAGCCCUCGCACGACAGGUUGGAGACACGCAAGGACAGCGUGUUUAAGGAAAAAAUCGACAGAUCAGUGAUAGAAACCGCCGGUCUGGCGUACAAAGCGGCGGGCGUAGAGCACACCCUGCCCCCCACUGCCGAGACUCCACCAAUCACGAGGCCAGGAGCCAUACCGUACCCGCCGACCGAACCGCCCGCCAUUUUGAAGUACAUUAAAGGACAGGUCCAAGACGCGUACCACACACCCCUAGCGACCCUCAUCAAAGGAGCCACCAUAAUGUCAGAAGAUAUGUUUGCGGAAUCGGCCCCCGUCGCCUGGCAGUUACUUCUGGAGUCUGACAGGGAGUUAUGCGCAAGCGCCGCUUCGCUGUUCAUUCUAUGCGCUGUCAAGUCACCUGUGACUGCUACCGAGAUCAUGCAUAAUGAUUUGAAGCACACGGAUCCGUCUGUGAGAAUCAACGCAAUCCUCCGUUUCCAAGUGAUGUGGAAGCUUCGCUACCAAGUCUGGCCUCGCAUGGAGGAGGGUGCUAGCAUGACAUUCAAGGUGCCUCCCCCGGGCAUAGAGUUCACCCUGCCUUCGCCCAAGAUCGGCAUCGAGUCGCUAGCCGUGGUGGACCCCCCGUGGAGCCCGCAAGUCAAGGAUAAGGAUAUGGAGAUGACUUUGAACCAGGAAAGACAUCGUUCCCUGGUCACCGCCACGAAGACCCGCAAGAAACAGCAAACGGAAGCGAUCAAGCGGGCCCUCCAACAGAGAAGCGAUAAGAAGCGAGCUGAGAGAGAGAGCUUCCUUAUCACCACCAUCCCGAUAACACGGCAGGCGGCGCGCGAGCCGGCCUUGGAUCAUGCUGCUGAUGAUCAUAUUGACGCACCAGUAGACGAAGAGGUAGUGGAAGGUGUUCGCGGCUCGCACCACACUCAGGUGGCGUCAGCUGUGUUCCCUUCGGCCCUGUGUUCCGCUGUCGCCGAGAUUGUGUCGCUUUUGGACGAUGCUGCUGUGUCUAAGGAUGGCUGCUCGGUGUAUGAGGUGGCUUAUCAGGUAAUCUGGGGCUGCCUGGUCGAAGACUCAGCCCUAUUCCUGCGCCACGUCCUCGAGCGUCUAACCCGAGACCAUCAGGACGAAAUGUUCAAGCUGCUCCGACACCUCAUCAGGUUCAUACCGAGGCUGCCCCAGCAGGCCGCCUUCGCGUUGUAUAAUUAUAUUAUUGGAUAUGUGAUGUUCUAUGUGCGCUCGCCGCACGAAGACGGGCAGAGGUUGAUAGGCGCGGCGCUGUCUAUUUUGUGGAUGGUGGUCCACAGCGUGCACGGCAUAAUGUUCAAGGACCUGAAGCAGAUAUUGCGCAAAGAGCAGUGCGACGCCUCCAUCCUGCUCACGGCUAACGUGCCGGCCGCUAAGAAGAUUGUCGUGCAUAGUCCAGUGGACAACGACGGCAGUAUCCCAUCCCAGUUCCCGGUACAAGAAGACACUCAGUUCUGUCAGAUCCUGCGGGAGUCGCUCGACUUCUUCGGAGUACCAGAGAAACUUCAUGAUGAACAUUUCCUAGUCGAUUUUAAAACACGCCAAAUCCACAACCCGUCCAACUACGUCCGUGACUACUACUUCUUCAAGCGCUCGCAAUACCCUCAACUAGGCCUCGUCCACCUGCCGCCAGAGCAGGCCUUCGAGCGACUCCAGCAUCAGGAGUUGCUGCUGAAGUUCCGCGAGACCGGGAAGGUGCUGCUCACGUGGGCGAUUCUUAAGAAUGUGGACAUGGUGGUCCAACGCGUGGUGUUCCUCCACGACGAGCUGAUGAAGCUGCCGUCGUUCCCGCGCAAGGCUCUCGAGGCGGACCUGGCGCUGUGCUCCCGCGGCCCGCUCGGGCCCACGCUGCUGGGGCUGGACGUGCUGCACAAGUUCAUGUGGGUCCGCCUAAUAGCCCGUAUGUUCGAGGCAAUGGCGGGCAACUUUACUUCAUCCCGUGACAUUCACCUGUUUCUGAAUGUACUCAACGGAGCCCUGAUGUUGCACAGUGAGGACUCGCUUAUUCUGAGAUACGUCAUCGCGACGUACGUUAACGCUGCGUUCAACUUUAAGAAUAUCUUUUCUACUAAUGGCUACCUGCUAAUAAUGCCGACGCUCCUGCAAAUCUACUCCAACUAUCAAACCAACAAGCUAGUCACCACCACCAUAGAGUAUGCGGUGAAACAGUUCUACCUGCUGAACCGCAAGCCGUUCAUACUGCAGAUGUUUGGAUCUGUGUCCGCCAUCUUGGAUACUGAUGAGGAGUCUGCUUAUGGGGAUGCUAGUAAGGUCCAAUCCAGCUGCCUAUUCAACCUGCUGCUCAGCCUAGAGACGCCCUCCCCGGACCCUCUGCACAUCGCCGAGCUAAUCAAAGAAGAAAAACCUUUAAAACCCAUAGACUUCUGCUACCGUGAUGAGGACGAGAUGGUGAACGUGCUGGACUGCAUCUCGCUGUGUGUGAUGGUCGUGUCCUACUCGGCCGAGAGCAUGCGCGGGUAUCAGAUGUUGAUAAUCCUGGAAGCGAUCCUGCCCUGCUACGUGGCGCAGAUCAAGAAGCCGACCUACAACCGCGAGGGCAAGACGGAGAAGGAGAUCAUACAACAACUGGCCAUCGCCAUCAAGACUCUCGUCAACAACUGCGAGGGAUUGUCCAAAUCAUACAACGGUCCCUACCGGACAUCACCGGAGCACAAAGGUUCGUCCCAACGAGGCGGGCCCCGCGUCAUGACGACUCCUUUCAUGGACAUUCUAGACGAAGAGUCCCACUCGAGGUUCGGCGAGCACGCAAGGAUGCCUCCUAAUAUGGACUAUAUCAAUACUGAAGAUUCGGAGUUGGUCCGAGCCGAAUACCGUCGUCCGCGCGACGUGUUACUCUCACUAGUGGGAGACUUCAUCGGCAAGGCGUCGGCGCGGCUCGAGGAGAUCAACGGGGACAAGGGCAGCGCCAGCAACGACGGCAAACCCGUGCAGCUGCUCGACUCCAAGUCGCAUUCUCGUCUAGCAGACAUCGCGCACUCCCUGCUCAAAGUGUCCCCCUACGACCCCGAGUCCAUGGGCUGCCGCGGCCUCCAGCGCUACAUGGCACUAGUCCUACCCGCCGCCGACUGGGCCGACGACGCCGCCCGGCCCGCGCUCACGUGCAUCCUGCGCCGCCUCGACAAGCUCUUCAUGAAGAUCAGCAAGAAGCCCAGCAUCAGGAGGAACACGGACUGGGAUGCAGCAGCGCAUUUGCUAAAAGGUGUCUACGACACGUCGACGAGAUACCCGUUCAUUAUGCACUGGCCGCAAGUGAAAACUUUGAUCAAUACUGUACAGACGCUAAUAGUAUCAGAGAGCAACAUGGGGGAGAGCCUGUCGUCGGCGACGGCGGCGCUGAUGUCGCAGCCGCCGCCGCCGCAGUUCUGCAGCACCGUCGUGCGACUCAUCGCCGCGCAGAUCAACUACACCGGGGACAGCUACACACUAGAGCAAAUGUGCGGAGGCAGCCCCAUAUUCCAAUCUGCGGAGAAAACUGAAAAUAUGCUCAUGAACUUAUUCAUGCCUCUGUGCUUGAGAGUGGGUAGCGGACGAAAAGAUUCACCACCACUCCGUCAAAUGGACGUCUCCUACAUAGUCUCGGUAGUACUAAGUGCACUCUGCCCGCCCGCGCCGCCCGGCCAGAUCACCGCCGUGGGCUCCAAGUUGACUACAUCUGAUGCUAGAGUCAAUAGCUUGACCUUCACUGGCAGUCGGGACACGAGGAAGACAACGAAAGUUUCGAAUCAGCUGUAUAAGAUCGCGUUUUUGGCACUAAAGAUCCUGUGCACGUGCUUCGCGUCCUCGCUGUCGGGCACGGAGUGGGGCCGCAUGGCGCGCGCGAUGCGGGAGCUGGGACGCCGCAACGAGGCCGCUCAUCAUCUGUGGGACUUCCUCGAGUUUGUGGUGACCUAUAGGACCCCGCUGUAUAUAUUGCUGCUGCCGUUUAUUGUGCAUAAGCUCUCCCAGCCGCCAAUAGGCGACAACGAGCGGCACCUUCAGUUCGUGGUGCGGGAGCGGGUGCGCGGCGUCAACCUGCCCCCCGCGCGGGGGCGGGACGCCGUGCUCAGCGAGCUGGCCCGCGACCUGCGCGCCCUACGCGACCAGUCCGACCACAAUCAGCUUGAUCAAAUCUCCGAAAACCUGCAAGGAGGCGGGAAGCGCGCAUCAGAAGUGUACCCUAAACCCAGCGUAGCACCCAUAGAAGUGAAACAUCAGCACCGACCGUCGUUGAUAUCCAUGCUGGUGGGACGCGGCGCCCCGCGCACCCCGGACCACCCCGCCGCGCCGUUGGCCGCUCAGAGAGAAUCACUGUCAAGCAGUUCCACCACCAGCCAGCACAUGGGAUUUGAACUGCCCGUCGGGAGACCAGACAACAACCUGAGUCCGGCUAACAACUCAAGCAACUCACAUAUGGGUGGCAAUAACCAAGAAGUUAUUAAGCCUGCGUUCGUCGCAACCACCAACCCCACCAAACUACGCUUCGUAUCGUCUGUGGAGUUCAAACUCACUUCAGGAGAAACAUCGACCACGCCACUAUCGCCUCUAAGUCCUAUGGAGGACAGCUCGGACGCGGGCGGGCCCGGCAUCGACCGGCCGCGCCUGCAGCGGUCUCACGGACCCUCCAAGAAGACCUUCAAGUUUAGACGUAGCCGCAAGAGUAAGCAGGAUGCCUGCCACAUGCGCACAGAGUCCGAAGAGUGUCCCUCCCCCGGUCCAGUAGACACGCCGCUGCGCCGCGCCUGGCCGCCGCUGCUGCAGCCCGCCUACAACCACGGAGAUACUAGUUGGGACAGCGAGAGCCAGGUGUCGCAGACUAGCUCUACUUCUGGGUACAGGGAGAGCUACAGCCUGCAAGCCUCGACGCUCGGCUCUCCGGGGGGCUCCGCCCGCGCCGCGCUCGCGUCCCCCGACCCGCCCUCGCAGCGCACCGCCACGCCCCCGCACAGCCCUGAUGCAUCACUAAGCUGUGAGUCGGAGACGUCGUCGGCGGAGCGCACGGCGCUGCUCGGUGCGGCCAGCCAGCGCUCGCUGCUGCUCAGCGGAGAGCUCCGGGACGAAGAUACACUGCUCUAGGGGACGCAUGGCUUCCCUAGGCCUUGUCAUCACGAAUAGCCCUCUUGGUGGCCUGAUGGAGGGAAUAAACUACAGAUCUACAUAUAAGAUGCUCCUAGGAUGCAGGUGUUAACAAUACCAAUUAUUUUUGGUGGCAUCUAACCCCCUCGAUGCAGAUGUUAUGUUACCAAUACUUAUUCUUUGUGUUUUGGUGACCUCUGAUCUCCUCAAGAAUAUGAAAUAAUUAUUUAUGUUUGAUGGCUAUGGCCGCCAGUAGUGAUGAGUAUGGCUGUAAGAUGCUAAUGUUAUAUUAUGAAUUUGAUUACUCAAAUAUGACUUGUUAUUGUGGAGAUAAUGCACUUCUCUUCUGUAGGAUGAAUACUGAAUAUGUAACUACAUAACUUAUACAUUGUAAGAGCAAAUGUACCUAAUAUAUAAGAUAUACAAUUGUAGCCAACAUUUCUAGUCCAAAUGUGAUAGUUAGAUAGUUUAUUGAGUAGAGAAUUUGUUUGUAAGUAGCUAAGUAAGUACAUGAUUUUAACAAUGUUUUUUUUAAGUUUAAUAAAAUUUGAAGUUCUAAUUU